AUGAAUCGGAUGUUUCGAUUGUCGCGAAAGCUUGCGUCCAUUCAUAGGCCGCCACAUCCACAUUCCGUCACACUCAUUUCCCCCCGUCUUCGUCACAAUUCGGCCAAAUGCCAGUGGACCUGUGUCCCCAAUGCCAAUUUGACUGAUAAACCGGCCAACCUCCAAGCCAACGUGCCCGGCCAAAUGCUAACUGAGUUGCCAUGGCAGCGGAUGGACGGUGGCAGUGAGCCGAUAGAGGACGGGCGAAGAUAG